UGUAAGAUCCUCCUUGUGUGUGGGUCUCUCCUCCUCAUCAAAUCUCCAUUCACUCACACUGAGUGACAUCACUGGAGUUUCCCAUUAGAUAACUAGUUUAAAAAGAGCCACUCGCUGAGCAACAGCAGAAUGAAAAAGACAGUUCUCUAUAUUGCUUCGAAGAGCUCAACUUUACUUGAAGUGAUAAAAGCAAGUCAUUUAAAACAAUGGAAAGUGAAUGCAAGGUUUUACUGGACGCAACUGUCCACUCUGUCAGGAGGGAAACCAUCCGAGUGAACCCAAGCUCCAAGCAAACCACUAGCCUGCUGGUGUUCAUACUCUGCCUCGCGGCUGCUGCUUCUGUUGUCCUUGUUUUCCACAGACAUGCCAAGGGCCAUGGACAAGAUGAAGACAGUUUUGGUCUUCGCCACACAUUAAGGCAGAUUGCAAAUGUGAGAGCAGCCAUUCAUUUAGUUGGACACUACAACUCUGCUGUGAAUUCCUCAGCGGAAUGGAAGGAUAAGGUGGACCAAUCCCAUUAUCAAGGAGGGCUAGAACUCAAGAACAACCAAAUUGUGAUUCCUCAAAAUGGCCUCUACUUUGUUUACAGUCAAGCGUCCUUCCGGGUCAAUUGCAGCAGCAGUGAUGCUGAUGACGCCAGCUUGCAGCCAAUUGUCCACGUGAGUCACACUGUGAAGCGCAGGUCCAAGUCGUUAGGGAAUAAGGACUUGACCAUCCUGCACUCCAUCCGCAGUGUAUGCCAAAUGAAAGCCAGCAGUAAUCCAGAUGAAGAGGGGAACUGGUUCUCCUCUGUUUACAUGGGAGCUGUGUUCAACCUGAUGAAAGGGGACAGACUAAGGACCGUGAUGGGGGAGAAGAUGCUGCAGGGCCUGGAGGACGAAACAGGGAAGACAUUCUUUGGUGUGUUUGCUUUGUGAGGAUAGCUUAUUGAAAUGUAGAAGGCUCUACUGUGAAGCGAUACUGACUGCACAGACCAGCCAGUGCAACCUACAGACAAAAUGUUCAGCCAUUUAUCAAAUCAGCCAAUUAUUAAAUCAGUUUGAAAGUAAACUGAGCUCAGUUACCUGUUUUAAUGAACAACGGGCUAACUGUAAUGUAUUACCACACAUUAUAUAUAUAUAUUUAUGAGGUCUAUUUCAUAUACUACGUACUCACCCUAGUAUUGAUACCUUUUGACAGGGCUGCAAUACUCAAACUGCUUCGUAUAUAUUGUUUCACUACAGGCUGACAGAAGUGGAUUUUUAAAGUAUGUGUAUAUAACUUUUGAUAACAUUUCGAUAUUUUUAUUUAUGUUUGUUAUUUAUGUUAUUAUUUGUAUUGGAAUAUAAAAUGUUAUCCAAGUUAUUAUUUAUUAAACAUAAUCAGUUUCCUAUUCGGUGGGGUGGCACGGGGGUGUGGUGGUUAGCACUGUUGCCUCACAGCAAGAAGGUCCUGGGUUCGAUUCCGCCCAGUGGCCUUUCUGUGUGGAGUCUGCAUGUUCUCCCCGUGUCUGCGU